AUGGCCAACAAGCCUGAAGUUUAUUCCGAGUUACCGAACAAAGCUCCGGAUGAUUUCAAAUUACAAGUUCUGGACGAUGGUGCCAGCUAUAAAUCAACAAUUGAACGGUUAAACUUUGAGUAUGGACCGGUAGAGAAGAAGAAGAGUCUUCAUUUUGCCGUUAUACAUAAUUUUCUAACGGACUCUGAAUGUCAACAUUAUAUCAACGAAAGCGAACGUGCUGGAUAUACAUCAUUGGAUGGUUAUCAAACAUCGUAUCGUUCGAAUGAUCGUGUAACCAUUACUUCAAAAUCAUUAGCCGCUCUGUUAUUCAAUCGUAUAUCUGGUUACUUUCCAGAUUCUAUCACCCAUCGUGACGCUACAUGGGAACCUGUCGGAUUGAACGAGGUAUUUCGUUUUUGUCGUUAUGGUCCUGGUGGUGUAUUUGGUGCACAUCGUGACACAAACUUUUCUCGUUCGGCAAGAGAACGAAGUUUUAUGACAAUAAAUAUUUAUUUGAAUGAUACGGAUGCCGGUUGUACAAGAUUUUUGAAUCCUUUGAACAAAGAAGUUAUUUUUCCAUGUCAACCACAAACGGGAAAAGCACUCAUCUUUCUACACAAUGAAUAUCAUGAUGGUGAUGUGUUACGAUCAGGUUUAAAAUAUCUUAUGAGAACAGAUUUAAUGUAUCGAUUAAAACAUGAAAAUAAUGGACAAACUGCGUGUUCAGAUGAUCAACGAAUUCAAGCAAAACAAUUAUAUUCACAAGCGGAAAAAUUUGAAGAAAAGGGACAAUACGAUAAAGCUGUUCAACUUUACAAGAAAGCUAUUGCUAUGUGUCCAACAAUUGAACAAGAAAUGAACGACUAA